AUGAGUGAUAUUGAAAAAGUCAAGAAGAUUUUUGUUCAGAAGUGUGCCCAGUGCCACACUGUGGAAAAGGGAGGCAAACAUAAGACUGGACCAAAUCUCCACUGUCUAUUUGGGCAGAAGACAUGUCAGGCUGCUGGAUUCUCUUACACAGAUGCCAACAAGAACAAAGGCAUCACCUGGGGAGAGGAUGCCCUGAUGGAGUAUUUGUAGAAUCCCAAAAAGUACAUCCCUGACAAAAUGAUCUUCGCUGGAAUUAAGAAGGGAGAAAGGGCAGACCUAAAAGCUUAUCUUAAAAAGGCUACUAAUUAG